AAUUAUCGAGGGAAACACACCGCGAAAAUCUAAAAGUUGGAUCCUCGAUUCAUGAUUAGUCAUCUACUCCUUAUCUUCUCCAUAAUCAAGCAAAGCUUCUUCGAUCUUCCUCGUGUGGGUUUCAUUUCCAAAUCCUAAUUUUCUUCACAUGAAGAUGGAAGCUGAAACGGUCGAUGUUAUCGAAGCCAAGUACAUCUCUGGUCUCAGCACCGUAAUGGUCGCGACAAUCCAGGAAGCUAAGGACAGAAUAUCUCAGAUCGAGUACAUCUUCUGUAGCCAGUUAUUCCCAAACUUUCAAUCCAAAUCCAAAGCCUUCGAGAAGGUUUUUUCAGAUGCUCGUCCUGAUGCCUGGAAAGAGAGAGAGAAAGCUAUGUCAUCACAGAUCGAGGAGCUUAAGCUAGAGAAUCAACACAUUAAGGCUGAGAAUCAGGCCUUGAUCGAGGACAAGGAGAAGCUAUCUAAAGAACUCGAUAAGCUUGUCUCUAUGCCUUUGUUAGUGAAGAGCUUAGAAGACUACAUUGCUCGUUUGAAACGGAAGUCGAAGGAAAGGUCUAACCAAGUUCAGCAUAGCAUAGAACUGCACACUAGGUUGGUCCAGGUGUUACAGGUUAAGGGUUCUGGUGAGCUCAGCGAUGAUGAGAUAAAAAUGCUGAUUUCGGAAGUGAAGAGCCUUAAGGUAAAGGCGACUUCUUUGCAAGAGGAACUUUCCAAGAAAACUUUGGUGAUUGAGAAUCUGCUGAAGAAACUGGAGUCUUUGUCUACAGAAGCCGCAGUGAGCGAAAACAAGGUAAGCAGCCUUGAAGAAGAGAAACAAAGAUUGACAUCUAGGUUGCAGGUUUUUGAGGAGAAUGUAGGUAGACUAGAAGAGCUGCUAAGGCAGAAAACUGAUGAGCUUGAGGAAGGAAGGACGGCUCUUGAGGUUUUGCAGGGUAAACUCAACUUGACAGAGAGGCAAAUGUUGGAGUGUAAACAAAAGAUUGAACAUCUUGAGAAAGAAAAGACAGUGGUUAUGGGGAAAGCAAAGGCAUCUGGGGAUGAACUUGGUGAUAUGAAUAUGCAGGUCAAACAUGGAAGCGACUUGGCUGACUUAGAAGCUUUACGUUGUCAGAGUGAGGAGAAAUCACUUGAGUUAGCUACGGAGAUAAAGAAAAGAAAAGAUACCCUCACUGCUUACAAAAAGCUGAAGUCCCAAUAUAAUUAUCUCUGCAAAAGGUUCGGUCUCACUACUGACAGUGCUCUUCUGCAAAGCCACCUUCAGGAUGAGACUAACCAAAUGGAACAACAUGAGAAACCAGCCAUCUCAAGUUCUCUUGCAAGUAAACACUCAGAAACUGCUGAAGACGCAGACAAAGUGAGAAUCGGUACUGGCUCGAGUAACAGCUGUGAGAAAGAGAGUACAAUCAAAACGGUGAAGACACCAGUUAUUUCCAUUUCACCCAUUGUGCGGUCACUUGGUGUUAGAAGUGACCCUUCUUCUGGUGCAAAAUCCCUACAGCUAAGCGGAUUAAAGCGCCCAGCUUCCAUUUGGAGAGACACAAGGUCUCGGCAAUCCCCUGGAGGCCAUGAUCCUCAUGAUGAUUUUCUAGACACUCCCAUUGAGAAUGUCAAAAGGGUCGCUGGGGAAGAAAAACAUGUUCAGGAUGCUGAUAAGAAAGAUGAUUCAGACGAGGAGACACAGGAUAUGAAUCCUAAACCGAGUCCAUCAAGGCAGCGAAUUCAAGUUGCAGAGACGAGUAAAAAAGGUUUCAAGCAUGUGGAAUCUGUUAGGAAAAAAGCUGAGAGGGAGAAUUUGAAAGGGAUAGAGUGUAAGCAAUGCAAGAAAUUCUAUGAUGCUGUUCUUCCUGAGAAUGAAGGAAAUGGUAAAAGCUUGAGAUGCGAACAUCAUGAAGGUGUGUCGAGGCAUCGUUACAAAUACGCUCCUCCAAUGACUCCUGAAGGAUUUUGGAACAUCGGGUUUGAAUCCGAAAUGUGAUUCUGUAUUUGGCAUUCUUUCGUUGUCAUGUUUGGUUUUUUAUUUGUUUUCUAGAAUAAUAUCUGUAUGUCUCAUAUUAAAAAUUUAAAAC